AUGGAUGAUGAGAGGGUGCUUGAAAAGAGAGGCUAUAACAUGGGCAUCACUCUGGGGGAAGGCACUUAUGGCAAAGUGAAAGCAGCCUACUCCGACAAACUGAAACGCAACGUGGCAAUAAAGAUUAUUGACAAGCGGAAAACUCCUCAGGAUUUCCUGGAAAAAUUUCUCCCCAGGGAAAUUGCUGUUUUGAAACGUAUGAGCCACCCCUCAGUAGUCAGAACCCACGAGAUAUUUGAAACAUUUGUCGGUAAAGUGUACAUUGUGAUGGAGCUGGGGGAAAAGGGAGACCUUCUGGACUACCUCAAGGGCACUGGUGCUAUGAAAGAGGACGUUGCACAGAAGAAGUUUCAGCAGUUGGCUUCCGCCAUCAAGUACUGCCAUGACAUGGAUCUUGCUCACAGGGACCUGAAGUGUGAGAACAUCCUUCUCGAUAAAGACCUCAACAUCAAGCUCUCAGACUUUGGCUUUUCCAGACCCUUAAAUCGGGAUGAAAACGGGAAAAUUACUCUCAGUAAAACCUUCUGCGGGUCUGCUGCAUAUGCAGCCCCUGAAGUGCUACAGGGCAUUCCUUGUAACCCCAAGAUUUGUGACAUAUGGAGCUUGGGGGUCAUCCUAUAUGUAAUGGUCUGUGCAUUAAUGCCAUUUGAUGAUUCUAACAUCAAAAAAAUGAUCUCCAUUCAGAAAGAACACAGGAUUCACUUCCCCAAGUCCAGACACCUGACUGCAGAGUGCAAGGAUCUCAUUUACUGCAUGCUCCAUCCAGAUGUGUCCAAGAGGUUGCACAUAGAUGAAGUUUUAAGCCACCCAUGGUUGCAGCAUCUAGAACCCCAAAUCCUUUGCUAUCUGCGAGCUGCAGAAGAGGGCGAGUGUUCCCAGAAUCUGCAUGAGGAAAAGUCCAAGCACAAGCAGCAAGCAGGCCCAUCUUCUAUGGAUGGCCACCCAGAGAAGGAGGAUUCUUCUGACCUGGAGACAGUCCUGGGAAUUGUGAAUGCUGCCAGCAUUAAGCCCACUCAAGAGGCAGAUGAAGCAAGUACUUUGACAGAUGUCACAGGAAGAGCAGCUGUUGAAGAAUUUGACCAUUAA